AUGACAUUCGGCGAUAGAGAAGAACUGUUCAACUUUUACAAGGAUUACAGCAAACGAUUAGGAUUUGGGGUAAAGAAAAGAUCAAACAGAAAAGAUGAUGAGGGGGUUCUAAGAUGGACUACAUUUACAUGUACUAAGGCGGGUAAGACUGUGAGUAGAAGAAAAAAUGCGUUGAAACCUCAACCUAGUAGUAGAACAGAUUGCAAAGCUCAACUAUCAACAAGUUUAGACAUAGAUGGUCGAUGGAGAAUUAAUAGCAUAAAUCUUGUUCACAAUCAUACAAUUUUGAGCCCUAGCCAAUCUCGUUUUAUUUCUUGUCACCGGUAUAUAAGUGAUUCGGCGAAGAGAAGACUUGAAGUAAAUGACCAGGCAGGAAUCAAGGGAAGUAAAAGUUAUAAUUCUUUUGUGGUUGAAGAAGGCGGGCAUGAAAAUAUUUCAUUUUUAAAAAAAGGCGCCUUGAAUUAUAUUCAGAAAGCACGAAAUUUACAACUCGGGGAAGGUGAUGCUCUUGCAGUUCAAAAAUAUUUUACAAAGAUGCAAAGUUUGAACUCUGAUUUCUUCUACGGUAUGGACCUGGAUGAUGAGGGUCGCUUAAAGAAUAUGUUUUGGGCAGAUCCAAGGAGUAGAGAAGCAUACAAAGAAUUUGUAGAAGUUGUCACAUUUGACACUACUUAUCUGACAAACAAGUAUGCUAUGCCUUUUGCUCCUUUUGUUGGUGUAAACCAUCAUGGUGAAUCUAUUUUAUUUGGGUGUGGGCUGAUUUCGAGUGAAGACAAAGAUACAUUUGCUUGGUUAUUUGAAACAUGGCUUACAUGCAUGCAUGGAAAAGCUCCAGAAGGAAUCAUAACAUAUCAAGAUAAAGCUAUGCAAAACGGUAUACAGAUUGUGUUUCCAAAUACCAAGCACCGUUGGUGCCUUUGGCAUGUGAUGAAAAAGUUACCUGAAAAAUUUAGAAGCUACAAAAAGUAUGAGGCUAUUAGUCUCGAUAUGCUCGGUGUUGUUUACGAUUCACAAGAUCCUGAAGAAUUUGAACGAGACUGGUCUGUGUUCCUUGAAGAAUAUAACUUGCAUGAGAAUGAAUGGUUGACUACAUUAUAUGAUGAGAGACAUCUUUGGGUGCCAUGUUUCGUCAAAUCCCAUUUCUGGGCGGGGAUGUCAACCACUCAAAGAAGUGAAAGCAUUAACGCUUUCUUUAAGGAUUAUGUAACUUCCAAAACCACGUUGAAACAAUUUGUUUAUCAAUAUGAACAAGCAACAAAUGAAAAAGUGGAAAAAGAAAGUCAGUAUGAUUUUAAAUCGCACAAUUCAAUGCUAUCAAUUGUUACUACUUAUGAGUAUGAAGUACAAGUUCGAAAUCUAUAUACCACAUCAAAAUUCAAAGAGUUUCAAGAUGAACUGACAGGAAUGAUGUACUGUAUAUUCAUGAGUUCCCAAGAAAACGAUAAUCUCUCAACUUAUGGCAUACGAGAAGAUAUCGUAGUUGGGGAAGGAAAAAAGAGAAUGAUUUUUACUAUAUCAUAUAAGAAAGAUGAAUGUGUUGUACAAUGCAAUUGUUGUUUGUGUGAAUCCAGGGGAAUCCUUUGCAGACACGCGUUGGCUGUCCUUAUUCGAAAUGAUGUUGAUGAAUUUCCAGAAAAAUAUAUUUUAAGGAGAUGGAGGAAAGAUGUGUCUCGGAGCCAUACAAAGGUUAAAGUAAAUUUUAAUGCUUGUUCUGCAACUCCUGAACGAAAAAGGUAUGAUAAAAUGUGUUCAGCCUUUAUGAAAAUUGCAGAUCUUGCAUCCACGAGCGAAGAACGUUGUACUCAUGUUAUUGAGUGGAUGGAUACUAUGUCCACAAAAUUAAAUGAUCCUAAAAACAGCAAUGGUCUAGAUGUUCAAGUCGAUGUUCCUGUCAAAAAAACAAGAAAAAGAAACAACUCGAAUCAGUCCAAGACUACAGCUGGUACUCCAAAGAAACCUAGAAAAAGGAACUCUAGAGCUCAAUCGAGUAAUACUAUUCCAAAGAAAUCUAGAGAAAGGAACACUAAAGUGGAAUCGUGUAAGCAUACUCCAAAGAAGCCUGGAAAAAGAAGCAAACUAAAUCAGUAUGCUCAAGAUGAUGAGGUAACCACUGCUCAGGAUGUUGAGGUUUAUCAUCCCAUACAAUCAUUUCCUCCAGAAAUGGUAGAGGAGUCUCCCAUCAAUGAGAGCCUAGCAGUGUCCAUGGGAUCAAAUGGCGAAGGAAUUUCAACAGCCUAG